AUGGAGGAACUGGCCCGGGAGAGCAUCAGCCUGCUGGCCCGCUCUGCGUCUCACGCUGACCCACCUCGGCUCGGGUCGUUUGGAGCCGUGUUCAUCAUGCUGAAGUCCGCUCUGGGAGCCGGACUGCUCAACUUCCCCUGGGCCUUUGAGAAGGCUGGGGGAGUGAACACCGCCAUCAGUGUGGAGCUGGUUUCUCUGGUUUUCCUCAUCAGUGGUUUGGUGAUCCUGGGCUAUGCCUCGUCAGUCAGCAGACAGAAAACGUAUCAGGACGUUGUGAGGGAGGUGUGCGGACAGGCUGUGGGCCAACUCUGUGAAGUGUGUUUCUGCUUCAACCUCUUCAUGAUAUGUGUGGCCUUCCUGGUGGUGGUUCAGGACCAGCUGGAGAAAUUGUGUAUCUCCCUAUACGAGACGGUGACUGGUGCUAGUGAGGCAGACAUGCCGUAUCACUGGUACACUGACCAGAGAUUUGCCCUCUUCAUCAUGUGCCUCGUCAUCAUCCUUCCGCUGUCCAUACCAAAAGAAAUAGGCAUCCAGAAAUACACAAGUGUGUUGGGAACGCUGGCUGCUACGUACCUGUGUGUGGCAGUGAUCGUCAAAUAUUACCUGAUGGAGAGUCAUUCUGUUAUAUUAACUCCUGAGCACAGCCAAGGAGUCUCUUCUUGGGCUUCAAUGUUCAGCGUUGUCCCGACUAUCUGCUUUGGCUUCCAGUGCCAUGAAGCCUGUAUAGCAAUCUACAGCAGCAUGGAGAACCAGAAGCUCUCCCACUGGGUGGUGAUCUCUGUGCUCUCCAUGUUUUUCUGUUUACUCAUCUACACUCUCACAGGUGUGUACGGAUUCAUGACGUUUGGGAGAGACGUUGCCUCCGAUAUUUUGAUGUCAUAUCCAGGAAACGAUGUGGUCAUGAUCAUUUCAAGGCUACUUUUUGGAAUAUCGAUCAUAACCAUUUAUCCAAUUAUUCUUCUUCUGGGGAGAUCUGUGAUCCUGAAUUUGGUGCUGCGCAUUCAGAGACGCCGCCGGGGAAUCAUCACUCAUUCAUUUGAGAGUCGUUGCAGAGUCAUUCUCACUGUGAUCUGGAUCACCGUCACUCUUCUCAUUGCCAUGUUUGUGCCUGACAUGGGAGAGGUCAUUAGUGUUAUUGGAGGAAUCAGCGCCUUUUUCAUCUUUAUUUUUCCUGGUCUUUGCUUAGUGUUCAUAAUGCAGUCUGAGCCUGUAAAUGCAAGAGUCCGGGUGAUUUUAACAGUUUGGGGAGUCAUAACAGUUGUGGUUGGAGCCUUCAUCUUUGGACAGAGCACAACUAUUGCUAUCAUGGAGCUUUUCCACAAAUUCUGAAUUUCUCAUCAUCAUCUCCACUGACAGCAAUGGCUGCUGGGACUUUUAAGAUCAUCUUUUGUUUAGUUUUGUGUUUGUAAAGGUGGCUGUUAGCUGCAUUGAGACCCUUUUAAGGUCAUCUAUGACCUUAAAAUGAAACAUACUUACUAUGAAAGAAUGUUGCAGAUUUUUUUUGUUAAUAAGUAAGUUUUGGAUUAAAUAAUUGUCAGCAGAGAAACAUUUCUAAUGUGAAAGAGAACAUGUAAAAAUCAUAGUUUUUCAAGAUAUAGAGGAGAAAUAUAUUUAUGUUUAAAUGUG